AUGCGCUUACCACAGAUAAAGACACUGAUAGUGGAGGCCACGGACCUGCUCAAUGCUCCCUGUCGCGUGUUCUUCAAGAAGGAGAACGAGCAGCCCAGUGGCAGCUUCAAAUUACGGGGGAUCGGGUAUUUGAUUGCAUCGGCCCUCGAAAAUGCCAUACACACCAAUAAGACUCUUCAUGUGUUUUCCUCCUCAGGAGGCAAUGCCGGACUUGCGGCUGCCCACAGCAGCAAGCACUUUGGCGUGAAGUGCACGGUGGUGGUUCCCGCAUCGGUAAGCCCGGCGGUGGUGGAGUUGCUAAAGACUUAUGGUGCUGAAGUGGUUAUCCAUGGGAACCACUGGGGAGAAGCAGAUGCGUACUUGAGCGAUGUGAUCAUCGCUAGCUUGGACACCAACGUGUCUCCCGUGUACUGCCAUCCGUUUGAUGACCCGCUUUUGUGGAAAGGGCAUGCGUCGAUGAUUUCGGAGAUUGAAGCUCAGUUGAGCGAGGACGACUUGAGGAAGGUGAAGGGGGUAAUUUGCAGUUUCGGCGGUGGGGGUUUGAUGGCGGGGGUCGUGGAAGGCUUGAAGGCCUCCAACCACCUUCAGAAGGUGCCGGUAUUGGCAGUUGAGGGUUCGGGUGCUGCUAGUUUUGAUGCGGCCAUAAACAAGGGAGAGGUUGUAAGGCUCGCUUCGGUCAACCCUUUGGCCACGUCGUUGGCCUCACCUUAUGCGUGUCAGAAGUCAGUGGACUUGUACAACCUGUAUCCUGUGUUGAACUGUGUGAUUGAUGAGCUUGAUACGGUGGAGGGAACGGUGUUUUUCUAUGAUACUUUUGCAGAGGUGGUGGAACCGGCUUGUGGUGCUGCCAUCUCGAUGGUUUCGAAGAACAUCAAGGAGUUGGAGCGUUUUGCGGUUCUGCCCGAUGACAUCAUCAUCGUUAUUGUGUGUGGGGGGUUGGUGACGAGGGAGAGUGAUAUUCCAUCUUAUAGACACAUGCUCCAGGCAUAG